AUGCCGGCGGGGCUCAUGACGAUGAUGAUGCCAUUGCCAUCAUCACCCUUGUCCUCGGUGAACCUUUGCCGCUUCUGCUGCAGCAGCAAGAAGACGACGACGACCACCACGAUGCCGCUGGUCAACAACCGCUCUUCUACAUUAGCAGCACACCUCCUGGGCCGCACAGCAUCUGAUCACUCCCGCACCGCCAGGCGAGCUGCCCUCCACGGCGACGCCUGCCUCGCCAAGGUCUGUGGCGUCAUCGCCGCCGACGAAAAGCGCCACGAGGCCGCCUACACUAGGACCGCCGCCAGGACCUUCGAGACCGACCCUGACGGCAUGGUGCGGGCGCUUGCCGCCGUGAUGCGCGCCAAGAUCACCAUGCCAGGCGAGCGCAUGACCGACGGCCGCGACGAGCAACUCUUCGAUCACUUCUCGUCGGUGGCGCAGCGCGCGGGGGUGUACACGGCGGCGGACUACGGCGACAUGGUGGAGCACUUCGUGCGCAGGUGGCGGGUGGCGGAGCUCGGCGGCGAGGGGUUUUCCUUGUCCAGCGAGGGGCGGCGCGCGCAGGACUACGUGUGCGGGCUGCCGCGCAAGAUCCGCAGGAUAGAGGAGCUGGCCCACGACCGCGCGGCCCUGAAGGAGCCCGAAUCCGCAAGCUUCAGCUGGGUGUUCGAGAGACCCGUCCGCCUCCGCUGAUCACAUGAUCUGAUUCCCUGCUGAAUUGAAGAAGGCCCUCAUACUGCUGCGGCUGCUGUUACCAAGCAUUGCAGUAUCCAUUCAUCUAUCUACCAUCACCUUAUAUAAUAACAUCCACAUCUC